UGGGAAAAACGGACUCGCAUCUUGCUACUCGAACCGGGGGCUUACGAUGACCCUGUCAGCUGUUCAUUAUAUCUCAUGUCAUUUCAAUCUGCAGAAUACGAAGCAAUAUCUUAUGUUUGGGGGAGCACACAAGAUACCGGCUCCAUAGUCUGCCAGGGUCUCGAGAUUGGUGUGACAGCAAACCUCGUCCAGUCCCUGCGUCAAGUCAGAUAUGUGGACCACCCGCGACAUCUAUGGGUUGAUGCGCUUUGCAUCAACCAGCGAGAUCUCCACGAAAAGGCGUUUCACGUGAACAUGAUGGGGGAGAUCUACUCGCAUGCCUGGCGGGUCAUCAUUUGUCUCGGAGACGACGGACACAAUGGCGAGGCUGCAACAACUGCUUUCGACGCGAUCAGAGACUAUAAACGUCUUGCCGCCAAGUAUAUAACGCAAUCUCGGAUAGCUGACGGAAGUGGCUGGAAGCCGGCAGAUGAUGAGGGUGGUUAUGGUCUCAUCACUCGCGAGCGGCUACUGCCUGCUGUGCAGAUCUACAGAAAGCCGUGGUUCGGACGUGUCUGGGUUCUACAGGAAAUUGGGCUUGCUGAAGAGGCACUCCUGGCGUACGGUAGCUCAACCAUCAACUUUACUGAGAUUAUGGACUUCGCCCAGGCAUGGGCGCAAACGGGCAACGAUUUCACUGGCGUUUACUUCAGUUCCGGCUACAUCUGGGGACUCUUCAAUCACAUCUGGGCCACCUAUGCCGAGAGCGUUGACCGGUUGUGGUACCGAUCUUCCUUUAUCCUUACAACUUCCGCGCGACAGGUAAUAAGGAAAAACAAGCCGGAUUAUGAGGACGUGCUAUUCAAGGCCAGACAAAUACUUAAUACAGAAGGCUACAGAUCCAAGGGAUUUUGCAGGAACGGCAGAUACGAUGCAAGCAGAGGCGAGAACCUGUUGACUCAGGCAACGAAUAUCAAAGCCCGGGUAUUUGCUUCUUGCCUCGAGACGUCUGUCCAUAGUGUCGACACGAUAUUUCUCUGUGGCAGGAUAGCCGGAGGAGAGCCGUCCCUUGACGGUAGUGCGCAAGUUGAGAAUGCAGAUGCCCACCGUCUGGCUACAGAAGCAGCACUUUGCAACCGGCCCAGCAUCGCGGAAGAAUACUGGGCCCUGCUAGAAGCCACAGAGAGGAGUCAUGGCCUCGCCUAUGCGGACAAGGCUCUCGCGUUCGCCAGCACCCUUUUACACGCAUGUGACGAUGAUAAGGACCCUGCAUCGAUUGCUAGGAGCUCCAGCGAGUUUUGCAAAGAAAACUGUCCCACAAUCCAGGAUCGCCUUGAAAAGCACGAGUGGCUCAAAGAAUGGACUUCGGCCAAGACUCACUUCAUACCUUUCGUACCACGUACGGUUAGUAGCAUAAACGGCGAGAAAUUCUUCACAACGAAGAAGGGUGGAACAAUUACCCUGUUGGUCGAGCUCAGCGAUUUGAUAUGCAUUAUUCCAUCUGUUCAGACACCGCUAGUGAUGAGGCCCGUUGAGGGAAGAGACGGGGCAUUUCAUAUCAUUGGCUCAUCCUACGUAUGUGGAAUGAUGUACGGUGAUGUUUUCAAGACACCGGAGCCGGGUCACUGCUCCCCAGAAGUGUCAAUUAUUCAUUUCGUGUGA